AAUCAAGUUUAUCGGCAACUUCAUCCAAUUUCUCGCAUCUAAUUCUCCACCACAUUCUUUAGUCCAAAUUUCAAAACUCAAGCAUCCAAAAAAUAUGAAUCAAUUGAUCCUUCUUGUUUUCAUAACAAUGUUGGCAUUCUCUACUAUAGAUACGGCUCCACUUCUAGCUAAACGUGAUGAAUCAUAUAAAGGCCGUGCCACAUUUUACGAUCCUGGCUUGGGUUCCUGCGGUAUCACUAAUUCUCCACAAGAUUUUAUCGUUGCUCUCAACAUACCACAAUAUACCGGUAAUGAUGUCUGCAACAAAGUAGUUUUGAUUACUGGUCCAAAGGGAUCUGUUAAAUGCACUGUAACCGACAAAUGUCCCGGAUGUGGAUUUGGAUGUUUGGACUUGUCACCAGCCGCAUUUAACCAAAUUGGGGAUCAAUCUGCUGGAGUCGUCGAUAUUACCUGGUCUUACGUAGAUGGUAAUGACAAACCACAACAACCACCAGAGUCAACCAAAGGUCAACCAACAAC